CAACAACCCAACAACAACAACAACCCCACAGCCACAGAGGGGGAGGAGGAGGCCGGGCUGAGUCGUAAUGGCGGCGGCGGAGGCAGUGGAGCUCGCCCUGUGCGACGCCGCCCGGGCUGCUGCUGCUGCUGGCGGUGGGUUCAAUGAGAAGAAAUCCAGCACAGAGAAUACUGCAGCUACAGGGCCUGGUGCCAAGAAGAUCGGUCACAGAGGGGUGGACGCUUCUGGAGAAACCACUUACAAAAAGACCACAUCGUCAGCCCUGCGAGGAGCCAUCGAGCUGGGCAUUGGCUACACGGUGGGCAACCUGAGCUCCAAGCCCGAGCGAGACGUCCUCAUGCAAGACUUUUACGUAGUGGAGAGCAUAUUUUUUCCAAGCGAAGGAAGUAACUUAACGCCCGCUCAUCACUACUCUGACUUCAGAUUCAAGACUUACGCGCCGGUGGCUUUCAGAUACUUCCGUGAACUGUUCGGGAUCAGACCCGAUGAUUAUUUAUACUCGCUGUGCAGCGAGCCGCUCAUCGAGCUCACAAACCCAGGCGCCAGCGGCUCCGUGUUCUUUGUUACAAGCGAUGAUGAGUUCAUCAUCAAAACGGUUAUGCACAAGGAGGCGGAAUUCUUGCAGAAGCUGCUUCCUGGAUACUACAUGAAUUUGAACCAGAACGUGAGGACACUACUGCCCAAGUUUUACGGCCUGUACUGUGUUCAGUCGGGAGGCAAGAACAUCAGGCUGGUGGUGAUGAACAACCUUCUGCCGCGCGCAAUGAAGAUGCACAUCAAGUUCGACCUGAAGGGCUCCACGUACAAGCGCCGGGCGUCGCGAAAGGAGCGCGAGAAGUCGAACCCCACGUUCAAGGACCUCGAUUUCAUUCAGGACCAUCCCGAUGGACUGCUCCUUGACUCGGACACGUACAACGCCAUGUCAAAGACCUUACAGCGGGACUGUUUGGUCCUGGAGAGCUUCAAGAUCAUGGACUACAGCCUCCUGAUCGGUGUCCACAACCUGGACCAGUCGCAGAGGGAGCGCGACGCCGAGGGGCUGGUGAUGCCGGGGUUUGGCUUGGGGGCCUUGGACCCGCGCAGGCCCCCGGGGCAGAAGGCCCUCUACUCCACCGCCAUGGAGUCCAUCCAGGCCGAGUCGCGCACGGGAGCCACCACGCACCAAACGGAGGACUGCAUGGGAGGAGUUCCAGCAAAGAACAGCAAAGGGGAACGACUUGUUCUUUACUUGGGCAUCAUCGACAUCCUUCAGUCUUACAGGUUGAUCAAGAAGUUGGAACAUUCAUGGAAAGCAUUGGUGCACGAUGGGGACACCGUUUCGGUGCACAGACCAAGUUUUUACGCAGAACGGUUUUUGAAGUUCAUGUGCAAUCAAGUAUUUAGGAAAACUCCAUCGCUGAAGUCUUCGCCGUCAAAGAAGGGGCGUGGCGGCAGCGGCCCUCCGCGGCGGCAGACGACUGUGACCACGGCGACCUCCAUCACCGCCAGCCAGCCGCUGGACGAGAAGGAAGACAAGUAUUUCCGUGGGGCCUCCAGUCUUCCCAACCUGGACGAUGAAGGUCUGCCACAUGGUCGACCGGACAUCCUGCCCAGCACCCCUCCAUCGCUGGAGGAUGCCACUACUGCCUCCAUCGCCACCACGCUGUCCUCCACGUCGCUGUCGGCCAGCGAGCAUUUCCCAGUGGAGAUCGCUCCCACGCACCCUGCCAACAGACGAGUGGUGAUGCCGGAGGAGGUGGAGGUGACGAUCGAGAGCGGAGCAGAGCCCGAGAGCGCAGACCCCCCCGGUGCGGCCAGCUACAGGCCCCAUCCCCUGAGGGGGGCUUCCCCCGCCACCCCCCCACCCGACGGACAGGAUAGCGACAUCUCUGAGGUUUACUUUGCACUUGAAUGUUGUGAAAGCGAUGGCUGCCUAUGGUACAGAGGAACAUAGAAGGCAGGUGGUCGUACGCAUUAGGGAGAGCUUUUUAAAGUAUUUAAUAAGUCAAAGCAUUUUUUACAUUUGAGCAGCUACAUCAUGGGACCCCUCACUUGCCAGUAUCAAAAUUUAAGAAUAGAUUCCUUGCAAAAGGUUUCAGUUUGAUGUUUUAACAUCUUAACAUCUCUUUUAUUGCCAGAAAGGGUGAAACCUUUUCUUACAUUACAUUUGAUGCUACAUUAAAUGCUGCUAAAUUCCAGGUCCUUGAAAAUAAAAAUAUUAAUUUGACUCGUACGACAAUCAUUCCACUUAGUGGCGAGUCAGGUUGGAAGGUGCGGCACUGUGGAUCGGUGGCAACUUUGAGGAAUCUCAGCAGUAGUUCUGUGAUGUCCGCAUCCGCGGGCCACAUUCUAACAAAGCGUUACACUGUUUUGCGAGAGAUGCCAAUGGAUUAUAACCCAUGAUUUUGACCCUGAUAGCAUGGGCGUGCGUCUUGUAAUGUGGACGAUUACAUAAGUACGCAUCCAAAUAGUGGAGCAUAACCAACACGAACGAUUUUUAUUUUACCCCAGAUAAGGCCCACUGAGCUUACGUAGCUAUUUUAUGGAAGCGACCUGACCGAAAAUGAUCGCCCAAUGAAGUGGCGUGUGUGAACAUUUACAGCAGCCGAAUACUCCUAAACGCAUGGUAUAGCAGGUUCAGUGGGUUGUUGAAACACGGAGUUCCUAACAUGCGAGAAACCCAUCUGCUGGACAAUGAGACAGUACAGCAAGUAGGACGUGAACCUGCCAGUGUGGUGUCUGCGUGUUCCCUGGCAUGUGGGUUUUCUCCAGGCAUUUCACUUUUCUACACACAAUAAAAACGAAAUAAAGAAGACCAAGCGUCACGAGUGGGACCCUCCUGAAAAGAAUCUUGACUCGAUGAGGGAAUUCUUGAGUAAACAAAGAUGUUUUUAGUUGUAGCAGUAUUGUACGUAUGUUGAACUUCUUCCGCACCGUACGUAGCCAACCGUGCUUAUCGUGUGUAUUAUUAGUAAUCGUGUGUAUUCGGAGCAAUUGUGUGUGUUCUGAUGUUGCUUUGAAAGGGUGCCAUCUUCGUUUUUGCUCCAUGCCCAAUGUGCGUUCAGAUUUUCACGGGAAAGAAUGCGGCGCGUUUUGUUUAAUUGUCGCUGGCCAGAUGUAAAUUGGUGUGCAACAAUGACGAGGUGGGUGGCUCUGUGAGUGGCUUAUGCGUCAAAAGCAACGAGCCCAGCACCGCUCGGCUAUGAAGCCACCCAUGAUUACAGCAGGUUUUGUCCAGUGUAGCGAACUGAUCGUCUUAUCCCAGGCAUCAGUGUGACUGCACCAAGAGAAUAUUAAAAAUUUGUUUAAAUUAAUUUGGUUAAAAAAAAAAAUUCGAGGUCUCGGAAUGAAUUGAAAGAAUAAUUAGUUUGACCGCCUCGUGGGAAAUAUCUCCAGCGGGAGGGAAUGGGAAAGUGAGUCCCCGUGCGUGUCGCUUAAAGGGAUCUCCGAAAUACUUUUGUGGUGUGUCUUGUGCGCCAUUCUCCUGACACGUGGAUACAAUCCGGUGCUGUGAGCUCCGAAUGGACACUUCACCUUGUGGGACAAUGACGAUCGCAAAGUUGUCCUGAAAUCAGGAGCAAAGCGAAAUCUACUUUCGACGCAUGAUUGUACCGUGGUUCUGUUGGCGGCCUACUUCAAAAUUGGUACUUGCCAUGGGAAUGUGGAAUGUGCACCACUGGAUUAAUAUAGAUGAGUACUGGCCCAAUGCUUGAUUGAACACGGACACAUUGGGAGUGUUGGCGUUUGGUGAUGGAGCUACUGCUUAAUAAUAGGGUUUAUCCCCUUUUUUCUGGCAACAAAACUGAAACCUUUUUUUACAAGGAUUCAUGGCUGCAUUAAC